CUUAUCUAAUCUAUUUUCCGUUGGACAAACGCACGUGGGCCACAUCCGUCCAUUUGUAUGGUUUUGGUUUGAUGUCUACACGCGCUUCUAAGACUGAAGCCUCUGACAGCUAUAAGAAUGCCGAUCAGACCUGGUUACUUGAGUUCUUUGAACCAUCAAAGAUUACUUUCGACCGGAAAAAAAGAUAGAGCAACAGAAUCGAAACAAUGAAGCUCUCAGUCUUUGCUCUCUCCGCCGCUGCUCCCCUUGCGGCUGCCGCAGGUAACAAGUAUAUCAACUAUACGACCGUCAAGGGGUACUUUGAGCAGGAUAUCGAGACAACUGAUCCUAGCACUUAUGAUUAUACCUCCCACAACUUCGGCCUAAUCGACCGCAGCUACGACUCCGACAAGCCGGGCUCCAAGAACCUCACGCAGUGGGAACGCUUCCACGCCGAGCUGCAGGCCUUGAACGACAACUCGCCCAAGCAUGUCAGCUACAAGCUGUUUUUCAUGGGCCGCCAUGGAGAGGGGUACCAUAAUGCUGCGGAGAGUUACUUUGGAACGCCUGCUUGGAAUUGCUACUACGCCCUCCUCACGGGCAAUGGCACUCAUACCUGGUUCGACGCAGACCUUACCAGCGAGGGCAUCAACCAAGCCACAAUCGCGCACCAGUACUGGCUCUCGCAGUACAAGACGCAGCACAUCCACUUCCCAGACGCAUACUACAGCUCGCCGAUGACACGCGCGCUCAAGACCGCAAACAUCACCUUCAGCACGCUCCCACUCGCCGCCGCAGGCGCCGCAGACUUCCUCCCAGAAGUCAAGGAGGGCUUCCGCGAGGGGAUGAGCAUGCACACGUGCAACGCGCGGCGGUCCAAGAGCUACAUCGAGGAUCUGUUCCCGGGCUGGACAUUCGAGAAGGGAUUCACCGAGGAAGAUGAGUUGUGGACGGGUGUUACGGGCGAGCCCUCCGAGGCACAGGACGAGCGCAGCCGCGAGGCCCUCGAUGAUAUCUUCACCAAGGGCAAGAAGACUGACGGUGUCUGUGUUCCCAAGGGCCAUAAGAAGGAGAACCUCGUUGUCUCCAUCACCGCGCACUCUGGCGAGAUCACCUCCCUCCUCCGCGUCAUCGGGCACCAGCCGUUCCGGUUGAGCACGGGUGCUGUUAUCCCCGUGUUGAUCCGCGCGGAGGAGAUUGAGGAGGAGGAGCCCACUACUACGAUUACCUGGACUCAGUCUGCGUACUGUGCUGCGCCGCCGGCGACGUCCACGGCCUCCGGCUGUGUGUGUGCCGGGUCCGCGACACCCAUUACCUCUGGAUACCCAGUUGGUGGGACGUCGGUUGCGACUCCGACUCCGUUCUAAUUGCUGAGUGAUGUGUGGUGCGAGAGGUGAGUAUGGUGUAGAGAUGGCUGUGUAUGUUUUAUGUGUACAUAGGUUUAAUUGUAAUGCUUAAUACAUAGCUUGUCUGUUUC